AUGUCCGGCCAGCAGUACAACACCAAAUGCGCAGGUUUGUUUAUAAAUUGGAAAUAUGAAGUAAUUGAAUCUUUCAGGGGUGAAAAGGCUCAUGAAAGAAGCGAUGGAAUUGAGGGAACCUACAGAAAUGUACUACGCGCAGCCUUUGGAGGUCAUUUUUUUGACUUAAAAAAAUUUUUUUAUAUUAUUUAUAUAGCUAAAAAAAGCGGCGUAGAGCUCAUAAAGUAAAUUUUGGGAUAAAAAUGAUAAAUUCAGGACAAUCUUUUUGAAUGGCAUUUCACGAUUCGCGGCACUUUGGGCACCGAUUUCGACGGUGGAAUUUAUCAUGGCCGGAUCAUUUUCCCUCCCGAAUACCCGAUGAAACCUCCAAAUAUGAUUAUUCUAACUGUAAGGGAUCUUAUCUCAUGAAAAAAAUAUUAAAAUUAAAAUUAUUUUUUUCAGCCAAACGGUCGUUUCGAAUUGAAUCGCAAAAUUUGUCUCUCAAUUUCCGGCUAUCAUCCGGAAACUUGGCUUCCGUCUUGGUCUAGUUAGUUUUCGCUUUCAAAAAUGGGAAUUAUAUAUAUCUCAGUUAGAACGGCUUUAUUGGCUCUUAUCGGAUUUUUUUACCGACCGCAGGAGCCGGAGCCUUGGGAAGUUUGGAAUAUCCGCCGGCAGAACGCAAAAAGAUUGGCCAAGAUGUUCGUUUUUUUCAAAGUUCAUAAAAAAACUUUUUAUUUAAUAUUAAUCAAUAAAUUUAUUAAUUGGAACCUUUCCAGAAGCGCAAAAUGGCGAUGUUCCGUUUGUGACUGUACAAUGAAGGACGUUCUGUUGCCGUUGACCGACGAGAAUAAAACGAAAGAUGAGAAUGAGGAGGCGACUCGGUUGGCCGCUCAACUCAAGUUUUCUGUGAGUUUUAUUAAAAGCAAUUUUGAAAAAAAUGAGCUUUUUUUAAUUGUUUUUUUGAAAGCUUAAUUUUUAGAGAAAAUGAGUGGAAAUCCAAGUUUUCUAAUUGUUUUUCGAAGCAAAUGUGAGAAAAAACGACCUUUUUUUCUUGUUUUUAAGCUCAGUUUCGAAGUAAAUUAAGAAAAAUAAGAAGUAAAUUACAUUUUGACCGCAACUUUAAGACGAAAAUGAGAGAAGGGCAACAGUGAACGGAUGAGUCACGGAGACGUGUAGGAAAAAAGGGAGAAAUAGUAUUGUAUUUGAGGAGAGCGAAAGGUUCCUUGCCAUUUUCUUCAUCAGAUCGCUUGUAUUUCAUCGAAAUGCCGGACAAAAAUAAACCGGUGUUUUUUUUGUAGCUUUAUCAAGGGUACCCUCAAGUUCUCGAGAAGAAUUUUUUGGCCUCGUCGAACAAAAAAAAAAAGCUUUUUUGGCCCCCGUCGAACAAAAAAAAAGCUGAAUUUCGAUAAUAACUUCUGAAAAUUACCUUCUUCUCACAUAGUCUUAAGAAAUCUUCCGAAACCUCAAAUUUAAACUUUAAAGAAAUCAAAACUUUAAAAACCCCACGUCAAUUGAAUAAAAAACCAACAAAAGUUAUGAAAAACGAGAACUUUUUUUCCUGUAUUUUGAGCAGAGAAAAAAAAAUUAAUAUGUUAGAAACCAUUGAUUUUCCUGCUCCUUAUCGAAAAACCUCAUUUCCAGGACGAGGCGACCAAAAAGAAGGAAAUCGAGGAAGCGACGGCUUCCGAGGAGACGACGGCGAUUGAAGACGUCGCCGUCGAAGAGUCGCCUCCAGUAGUAGCAGAAGCCGCCGCGACGCCUCCAGUCGCAGAGCCCAACUUGUCGCCGCGACUUACUCGCCCAAGGCCCUCGGACACUUGCGACUACUCAAUGUUCUUGAUCGUCCCGGUUUGCGUUGUCGCGUUGGCGAUUUUCAUGCUCCUCUUGUCGCGUCGCGUUCUUUCUUCUUAA